AUGGUUUGACCCAGGCUGUUUGUUCCAAACUGGCUCCUUUUUUGUAGGCUGCAGAUUUUCUAUCUGGUGGUGUCUUGAGUGGAGUUUCUCUCUCUCUCUCUCUCUGUAUCAUCCAGAUCUUUAAUGGAACAGAAACACUUUCUGUAUGUGGGGAAUUCAGCAGAGUGACAAGCAGGGAAUGGCUCUUCACUCCAAAUCUCCGUUAAGACGCUCCUUCAGUGAACACAUUAAGGAUUCUACCAACAAAGCAUGGGAUAUAAUCUGGAAAAAUACAAGGGAGAAAAGACUUUCAGAAAUUGAAGCAAAGGAUGCUUGUGACUGGCUGAGAGCUGCUGGAUUUCCACAGUACUCACAGCUAUUUGAAGCCUCCCAGUUUCCUAUUGAUAUUGAAGUAGUGAAAAAUGAUCAUGAAUUUUUAGACAGGGAUGCCACAGAGUCUUUGUGCAGACGAUUGAAAACACUGAACAAAUGUGCAAUGAUGAAAUUGGAAAUUGGUAGAGAGAGGAGAAAGAGUGAUGAUUCUGAAGAUGAAGAGCCUUGUGCCAUCAGCAACAAAUGGACUUUCCAAAGGGACAGCAAGCGAUGGUCUCGUAUGGAGGCGUUGGAACUUUUCCAUCCAGAAAAUCUCUCAUUACCUGGUAGCCCAUGUUUGAAAAGCAUCGACAAUGAUGAUGUAUUUCCAGAGCUGGGAGAGAAGCAGGAAGUCUCAUCAAUUCACAGCAGUAGCAGCAGUGGAGGCAGUGAUAGCAUCAGCUUACCAAAAAACUCUGAAGCCCACAUUACAGAUUUUGAGACCAGUCGAAGUUCCUCAAGAUGUUCCUCAAUUAAAUUGCCAUCUGCAGAUUCUUCCUUCAGUGGCCCACCAUCCCCAAAUGAGCUCUCAAGUUUUAGUAUUGAUGAAAAAGUCACUGAAAAAUGCUCAAAGACAAAGGGAAAGGGUUUGUUAAAGAAAAUGGAAAGGCUUCGAUUAAGAAGCUCAAGCCAGAAAAAAGGCAAUCAAGCAAAAAUUAGACCAUUUAUCAGUGCACCUGUGCUCCAAGAAGGAUUUGAUGAAGAAAAACUGAGAAAUCUCAAUUGUGUUGAUGUUGCAGAACUUGAUGAGCCCAUUCUUAGACAAAACCCAUUAUACUCCUCCCAAACUUGCAGCAGCAGUAGUCAAUCAGAGAACAGUAGUACAGUAAGCACACCUAGCCCUGUCCUUCGAACACGGAACCAAACCUUGAGUAGAAAGCAAGGUGGAAUGUAUACGGAGAAUUUUAAUUCGGCUGCUCCGCCACCUUGCAGGUGUAUUGGCCAACAGAACUAUAUGAAUGAGAAAGGUCAGCAUGACCAUCUUCUUUUUCAGAUUCCACAAGGUCACAAACCAGGAACGUUUCCUAAAGCACUUCAGCAUGGCAUUUUAUCACCAAUAGACAACACUUCAGUAAACUGGAGAACUGGCAGUUUCCAUGGUUAUCGUCGGAGUAGAUUUGGCAGAGACAGUCGGGUGAGCAGUUCAAAGGAGAUAGACUGUGGACACAACUCUCAUAAUUUGCUAGACAAUCGAAUGAGCAUUUAUGAUAAUGUCCCAAGGGUCCUUGUUCACUUGAACAAUGGAGAGGUAACAGAUGCAGCUGAUGAUGACGUGUUUGCAGAACUAGAUGAUGUCAUGGAGCAUGUGAAUGGCCUCCAAAGACUAGUGAACAAGUGGUCAGAAAAGUUUUCUGAUGAAGGAGAAUCAGAUUCUGCAAAUGACUCAACAUCCCCUUAUCCAUCCUCUCCAAAGGAUAUUCAUCUGGAGAUAGAGAAACACCUUGAGUGUGUUAAUGAGGGGGCACCAGCUAAUAACCUGGAUAUUGCUGAAAAGUCUGUCAGUGAAUUUGACCCAUCAGCGCUCCAUUAUGAGAGAGACUCUGGAGUUGGCUCAUCUUUAACGCAUACUAACAGGCAGCAGAGAUUAUGUUGGCCCAGUGAGCAGAACUUGAAUCCUAAGAAUCUACACCUGCAAAUUGAUAACCAGUCCGCUGCUCAGCUCAACCUCUUACAGAAACUGGCUCUCCUGAAGCUCACUACCCUGAUGGACAAAUACUCUCCCUCCAGCAAGCAAGGCUGGAAUUGGACAGUUCCCAAGUUUAUCAGGAAAAUGAAAGCACCUGAUUACAAGGACCAAGUGGUGUUUGGUGUUCCAUUGCUGUUGAACGUUCAGCGCACAGGACAUCCUCUACCAAAGAGUAUUCUGCAGGCCAUGUACUUCCUCAGGAGCCACUGCCUGGAUCAGGUUGGAUUAUUCAGAAAAUCUGGAGUGAAAUCGAGGAUCCAGGCAUUACGAGAAAUGAAUGAGAGCUGUCCAGAUGGUGUCAGCUAUGAAGGCCAAUCUGCAUUUGAUGUAGCAGACAUGCUGAAACAGUAUUUCCGGGAUCUACCUGAACCCUUGUUGACCACCAAGCUCUGCGAGUCAUUCCUUCAUAUAUAUCAGUUCCUGCCAACAGACCAGCAACUUCCUGCCGUGCAAUCAGCCAUUCUGCUCCUUCCAGAUGAAAAUCGUGAAGCUCUGCAGACUCUCCUCUUCUUUCUUCGUGACGUUGUGGCUUGUGUCAACGAGAACCAAAUGACCCCUACAAACCUUGCAGUCUGCCUGGCUCCAUCCCUCUUCCACCUCAAUACCCUGAGAAGGGAAAGCACUACCUCAAGGGUGAGCCAAAGGAAGUACAGUCUCGGGAAACCUGACCAGAGAGAUCUGAGUGAAAACCUUGCUGCCACACAGGGAUUGGCCCAUAUGAUUGCAGAGUGUACAAAUCUCUUUCUGGUUCCUGAGCAGUGGAUAGAGCAAUGCCAGAGCUUGUCCAUCAACCAGGAUUUCCAGUCUGACUGUGAUGAUGGUCUAAAUAAUUCUGAGUGGUAUUGUAAUGUCAAAGCUACACUACAGGGCUCUUUACAGAACCUGCGGAAGGAGGCGAAAGAGAAAUUUAAAGGUUGGAUCAGCUGCUCCAGUGUAGAACAUGCAGAAAUCACAUACAAAAAGGUUGAUGACAAUCAUCCCUUGCGGCUGUGGAAAGUAUCCACUGAGAUGGAAAAGCCACCAGAGGAGAUUCUGAAGCACUUGCUUAGGGAGCAUCACCUUUGGGAAAAAGACCUCCUUCAUUCAAAAGUCAUUGAAACUCUGGAUGAUGAGACAGAGAUUUAUCAUUACACCAUCAGGAGUACAUUCCCACACCCAGCCAGAGAUUACACAGUUUUGAGGAAUUGGCAGACAGACUCUCAAACCGGAAUGUGUGUGUUAGGUGCCACAUUUGUGGAUGCCAAAGAGGUUCAUUUACAAGGAGUCCAAGGAAAUGUGAUCACGUCCCAGUUUCUCAUCGAACCAGUUGGAGCACCAAAAUCCAAGCUGUCGCAUAUCUGUCGAAUAGACACAAGAGGACGAACACCAGAAUGGUACAACAAAGUAUUUGGCUAUCGCUGUGCUGUUGAACUACUCAAGAUUAGAGACUCCUUUACAACAUAUGACGCUGAAUUACGGGAAACAAAAAUUUGAAACAGUCAUGCAGUUUAAUUGUACAAUGAGCGUUUUGACCAACCCAAUGUCUUUUUAAGUACCAUUCUUCAGCAACUGGGAAAGCAAGCCAGCAGCUGCAGUGGUAAUGACAGAUCGGGUUGGGGGGUGGUGGUGAGGGAGUAGGCAUGAGAAAGAGAAAACACCCAAAGCAAAUUCACUCAACUUAUGAUCUGAUGGGAACGUUUGGGGUGGGGUGGAGUGGGUGGAUGUGGGGAAGAAUGGACAGCAGUGAUUUCUAAAAAGUACUAAUUAAUAUUUGCUACUGGUUGGAAUAUGUUGAUCAUAAAUAUUGCUAUUUAAAUUAUGAUUGAAUCUGGUCAAAUGCCUGCAAGUUGCAUUUCCCAUUUAUAAGCAUUUCUUCAACAUAUAUUUAGACAUUUAAAGGAGUAUUUUAACUCCAGCAUGGGAAGUUGUAGGCCGGCCAAAAAUAAUAUCCCACCAACAAGCUGCCCACCCACUAACAAGUGUAAUGAGCAGUUGGCCAAUUGCUGUGGGUGAUCACAGCCUGCCAGUAUGCAAGUCAUGGGUUCAUCAACAUCUCAGUAAUUGGAAAGUGAGGCAUCUAUAAUAGCAGAGGCUCACUCAUCGUCUUCUGCACCAAGCAAAGAUGUUUAUUAACUUACCUUUUAGGGUCUCUAGUGUCUCCUUAAUGAGUUUUUACCAAGAAGGCUGCCCUUGUAAUUUGUUGACCUAGAAUGCAGGGAUUGAAAAAAAAUUCUAAGAGUAAAGUUAUUAAAAGUUCCCUACAUUUACUCUCAAAAUUAUCUUUCUCAAUUUAUAAUCUAAUUAUGUGCCUCUUCAAGUUUAACUAUACCUGUAACAUCGUCACCUGAUUGCCAUAACUCCCUUGCUGUUAAAUGAUGCAAAUCCUUCUUUCAUUCUGUAUAAAUAUAGAGGAUGGCAGUGAGUGAAGAGAUAGAUCAUCAUAACCAUUAACAUUUUCCAUUUUGUUUUAACUAAUGUCAAAUAAGCAAUGAUGGCCGUAGAGACCAAUUUAAAAAAAAAUUAUAAACUAUCCCUAUCCCAUGGAAAAUGAGACCUUAGUGAUGUGGGCAUAAAAAAAAACAAACAGAACGAAUUUUAAAUGAGAACAGAAAUGCUGUAAUACUCAGCAGGUCUGGCAGCAUUUGUGGAGAAACAAAAUUUAAUGGGCUAGAUUUUACACUCUCCCAUUGGAGGGUUUAAAAGGGGGGCAUACAUAAAAUCCAGCGCAUGGACUUCCUGCCACCUACCCAACCCAUCAGUCUGUUUGAAAUGUUAUUGUUGUUGGGGAGAUGGAAACGAGGAAGGUGUCUGGUGGCCUGCCAGCUCUUGGCCCGAUAGAGGCCCUUAAGUGGCAGAGCCUUUCCCACCACUGUCAGUAUUUUACCCAGCUUCAGCUGCGUGGGCUGCUGUUGGGCGAAGGGAAGGAGAAAAUCCUCUGUGGGCCCCCUCGGCCCACCUGAGCUCGCUUCCACCCCCCACGCCCCGGCCUCGAACCCAGACGCACUGCACCUCGCUGAGACUCUCCUCCCCAGUGAGAAGCUCAGCUAAGUCCAGGGUCAGUAGGACUGUCUACCAGCUGUGCUGCUAAAGAGCUGCCAACCAAACCAAUUAGACGGCAGCUCUCUAAGGUAGGACUUCCUUCCAAGAAAAGGGUGGGGGUCUCACCCUAAAGUAAUUAUCGCUGCUCCCAGCAUUAAAUUGCUUUGGGGAGCUGUCAGGGUCGUGGGUAGGCUCUCCCUGACUUUUUAGCUGGAGGGGUAGGGAGUGGGGAGGGAGGCACCUUGUAAAAUCCAGCCCAAUGUUUCAGGUCGUGAUCUUUCUUCAAACACCUUAAAUGUUAAUUCUGUUUCUCUCUCCAGUUGCUGCCAGGCCUAGUGAGUAUUUUCAGCAUUUUGUUUUUAAAUCAGAUUUCCAGCAUCUGCAGUAUUUUGCUUAUGGGCCUAAUUUUAACCCUGCAUUGCAACUUCUAAUCGCAUUAUUUGGAAUUUUUUUUUCCCGUUUUGAGGUAGUUACCCUCUAUAUCACCAAAGUCUUGGCAUUUGGAAUAAUUGCAAAAAUUAUCAGACCACAUGGUCUUGCUUCAUGUUCAUGGCAUUACAGUUUGAAUCAAGGUUUAAAUGUUUUGAAUGAUAAUCCAUAGAGUUUGUCAAGAAAAACAAGCUUUAGAGGAAAAUUAGGGACAAAGAUUUCAUUUGUGGUGAGGAAGUUAAUGGGUUGAAUUAAAAUUUCGCAGAAACUGAAAGUUUCCAAAAUGGUGUUUUUAAGCUUCUAUAUUAUACAACCUUUGAUCUGG